GUGGCUGCUGGGAAAGUUUGUUGCCGUGACAACAUUCUGUGCCAAAACAUCUGACAAGUUAAUUAGGUGUUGUUUGAAAUAUUUCCCUGUGCCAGCCUUGGAGUCAGUGCUAAUUUGUGUGCUUGGAAGCCUGACACGCUUAAACUGAAAUCUUUUUCUCUCCCAUUUCCUUGUAAAGGUAGCAUAUUGGCCUGCUAGGUCCUGACCUUUCCACCAGAGGGCAGCAUAUCCAAAAACCACUUCCUCCCAAGAUGGCGGAUCUUGCCAGCAACUUCUCCUGCUACGACCCGUCCAUUGUUGGCUACCGCUACGUGGCAGUGAGUUGGGGCAUUGUGGUGGCCAUCGUGGGCACAGUGGGCAACGUGCUGACCCUGCUGGCCUACGCGGCUGACGCCAAGCUGCAGACACGCUUCAACCUCCUCAUUGUCAACCUGACUGUGGCGGACAUUCUGUACUGCACCUUCCUGCAGCCCUUCUCGGUUGACUCCUACCUCCAUCUCCACUGGCGAGCAGGGGCCGACUUCUGCCGUGUCUUUGGGAUGUUGCUCUUUGUCUCCAACUCCGUCUCCAUCUUGACGCUCUGCCUCAUCGCCAUCAGCCGCUACUUGAUCAUUGCCAACACCGCCCUCUUUGACCGCAUCUUCUCCCGCCUCGGGACCAUACUCAUCAUCCUGGGCACCUGGGUUGCCGGCCUGGCCAGUUUCGCGCCGCUGUGGCCCGUCUAUGUCUUAGUGCCCAAAGUGUGCACCUGCAGCUUCCACCGCCUCCGCGGACGACCCUACACCACCAUCCUCAUGGGAUUCUACUUUGUGGUGGGUCUCAGCUGCGUCGGGAUCUUCUACUUCCUGAUCCACCGCAAAGUCAAGAGUGCGGCCCGUGCCAUGGACCAAUACAAGCUGAAGAAGACCAGCUUGAAGAAGGGCCACGUGGCUGGUGCCAGUUCAGCCACACCAGGACGAUACCAAGAGCUUGACAGCGGGGUGGACAGCGCAGGUCCUUCCCAGCACUCCUGUGAGGCUCAGUCUUCUGAGUCGACUGCCAGUACCAAUCUCCCAUCAGCUUCCCAGAAUGGCGAAACACCUCCUAAGAAAGCUACCCCAUGCCAGGCCAAGGACAGCAACUCGGAAUUCCGCCGGGUGACCCGCAUGUGCUUUGUGGUCUUCCUUUUCUUUGUCAUCUGCUACAUACCCUUCCUGCUAAUCAACAUCUUUGAUGCCAAGAACCGGGCUCCAACCGUCUUGCACAUGAUCGCCGCCAAUCUCACUUGGCUCAACAGCUGCAUCAACCCAGUGCUUUAUGCUGCUAUGAACCGCCAGUUCCGUGAGGCUUACAGAGACGUGGUCUACAACUUUGCAAAGAGGUUCCGCUGCCGCCGCUAACUGGAAGCCGAGCCACUCUCCAGCGCCGGAGGAGGGAUACGGUCUUCCCACCAACCCUGGUUUGCCUUCAGGGCUGAAAUAUCGCCAGAAAGCAAAAAAGCUAACUGGGUUUUCCAGACUGGACUAGAUUCCCAGUUCUUUAAUCCAGGCCUUCACAUGAUGCUGGCCCUGUUCUUUUGCUACGGUAUAUUAUUGUAAAUUGUAUUCCAUAUUCUGUUGUGGCCCCUAUGGGCAAUAGGGAAAUCAGACUGAACUGGUAUAAUGGGCCCUGCCUUUGACAUAUUGUUGAAGCUGGCGGCGAGGCCUCCCUUCUGGAUUACAGAAAAACUGUUUGGACUUGCCAAGCUUCGGAUACGAAAGCAAAUGUUGUACCUCCACAAAGUCUCUCCUCCCUGGACAAUCCUCCAGUUUUAAUAGGAGCUAAGAGGCAGCAGUGCCUGGUCUGCACUUUGCUGCUGAUGGGUUGCAUCCAAUGCCCAGUGUAGCUCCAUUGAUUUCAGUAGGACUAGCCUUGGAUACAGCCCUCUCUCUAUAUCUUUAACCAUUCUGUUUUGUAAAUAUGUAUUUAUAUUUAUCACAGCACCACUCUGUUGAUAAUUCACCUUCUCGUGGAUCUGACCACAUGAUGGCAGCUCCCUCCAUAAAUGCUUUCACUGGCUUCCCACUGGCUCCCAGGUCUUGCAAAAGAACUUUGUCUUUGCCUUCAAAGCCCCCCAUGGUUUUGCCUUUCCGUAUCUCUCUGCUUGUACACUCAGCCAGCCCAGCCAAUGGUCAGGGGAGAUGGGAGUUGUUGUGCAACAACAGUUAGAGCAGCGGUUCUCAACCUGUGGAUCCCCAGAUGUUGUUGGACUAGAACUCCCAUCAUCCCUGAGCUCUGGCCUUGCUAGCUAGGGGUGAUGGGAGUUGCAGUUCAACAACAUCUGGGGACCCACAGGUUGAGAAAGGCUGACCUAGAGGGACACAGUGAUCCACCUGUCUGUAGCCUUUGCUGAUCCAGCACCACUAUUCCCAGCUAUCCAAUAAUCUUUUCGCCCCGCAAAUGGCUCCACCUGUUCUCCCUGGCUGCCCCUCGUGUUUGGGACUGCCUCCCCAAUCACCUCCAUGAUGGCGCCUCUUUCUCUCCUUCAAAUCUCUCCUUCAAACUCCCAUCUAUUCCCUGAAAACCUGCACAUGCUUUGUACACAGCUUGCGCUGAGUCAGAUCAUUGGUCUCAACAUAACUGACACCGACUGGCAACAGCUUUCCAGGUUUCAGACAGGGGAUAAUCCCAGCAGUGCCUGGAGAUUCCAGGGAUUCAACUUGGGACAUUCUGCAUGCAAAGCAGAAAAAAAAAUGUAACAACCAGAACCUCACAUGGUGGUUUGCUUCAAGGGUGAGAAAAUUGAGUUCUGCUGGGAUUCCUUUUUCUAUAAAAGCUUAUUUCCCUCCUGUACAUCUGGUCCCCUUUCACUGUCCCCACAUUUGGACACCAUAAUUUAGAGCAUUUCAAAACCCAGUGUACCUGCACUAUAUAAUAUAUUGGUUGCUGGCCUAUUUAGAAAAUGUUUCACUGUUGGAUUAUGGCAUUUGCAUAAAUGUUGUCAUUGUAACCUUGAAAUAAAACGAUCUAUAAUAAUA